UUUCGUCACAAGGGUGAGAACGAACGAUAAGAUGGCGGAGGAAUCGGUCGCCGCACGGGGAAAAGACUUCAUCAAACAGAAUAUCCUUCGCGUCAAACGUUCCUCUCCGAAGGAACUCAAGCAGCGAUCCGUCGACACUCGUCACGGCGACGCGCGUGAUUUAAAAUAUAGCGGACUACUUCCGAUUUAUGUGCACAAGAAAAAUUAUGGGAAGAUACCGAAAUUCAUCGCUAACGCAAGAGCCUUCGUAAGCGUGGAAACAGAAACGGUGGAACACCGUGAGGAAGAUAAGAUACCCGAGAUACCCUCGUGUCGGUAUGUCAGCAAAGAGGAACGAAAGAUGUUGUUGGAUGGCAUGAAGCAGAGAUGGGAGAGAUUGAUGAAGCAAUUCCAAGGACUGCCUCUGACCGUCGCGCUGGCGCACGUGCAGAAGAAGAAGGCCAGGAUAGAGCGCGAAUUGCAAGAACUCGAGAAGGAUAUCGCGAUUGUCGAGCGACACCCGCAUAUAUACGUUUACGACACCGAUGACACGUAACAACGUCGAUACGCGUUAUAUGUCUCAACGUGUGCAGGGGAGCCGAGAUGUAUCCGUCCAAAUUUAUUUGUAUCAUCGAUAUCAUGUUUCGACGAUGCUCAUAAAUUAUACGCAAAUGGAAGCAUAAAUGGACUUUGAUACAGCUAAAUGCGCUUCUUUCUGGGGUA